AUGAGGAAGACGUCCCCCAGGCGGACCCUCCGCCUCUUCUCCCUGCAUCUAAAAUCAUCGCACCGCUCCACUGGGAUUUGGAAACGAGAGUUCGCCAGGCACAGGCCGGGGAGAUUGAACUGGCAGGAAUCCUUGGAAAAUAGAGCCCCUCGCCCUCAACCACUAACAGUGAGGAAAGCAAAAACUCCUUCUGCUGCCAAAAAGAAACGCUUGGUGCAGAAAAAAGCGGGAGCAACCCUGUCUGAAGGAGUUUCCGAAAAAAGACAGACUGUGGUGGACUUGAGGCUGGCGCUGGAGAAACGCGACGCAGAGAUUGGGGCGCUGAAAAAGCAGCUGCGCGUCUGCAAGGCAAAGAUGGAUGCCCUUCGAAGGAAGUUGCGCGUCUGCAGAAAGGCAAACACAGAUCUGCAAGCUACACAAAAAGGACUUGAGACCCACUCUAGUGUUGUAGCGCAACUAAAAGAGGCUCAUAGUACACGUUGGAACUGUGCACACACCCCAACCCCAGACUUUCGUACACCGAUCAGGUGUACUGCUAGUGGGGAUGCAGAGAGCAGGGAAAUGUCUUCAGCCACAGCAUCCGUUACAAGCUGCCAUCCCGAAUUUGCGUUUACUCCUCCCACUACGGAGCUUCUUCAGAUCGAGGGCGGCCAGAUCGGCUUGGUUGCUUGCUGUUCCGCACAGUGGUACCGCAGGCUGUCUAUGAAGAAUGGGCAUUCAGGACGAACUGGGAUGGUUCCAAAGGCAAACGUGGAUUGCCCGUAAACCUAAGACAUUUUUUGAUGGCGACAGUGGGCCAGAAGUUUCCCUUCCUGUCAAGCGUAGACAGCAAGCGGGUCAAGAACCGAGUGAACGAAUUUCUUCGGUCACCGAGGAUCACUGUUGCACACCGACGCUUACAAUACAAAAUAUAGUUUUUGCUCUGUUUUAUUUUGUCGAGUUCUAAAAGUUUAUUUUUACAAGU